CAAUGUAUGUUAUGAUAAAAAAAAGAGGGUGUCACAUCAAGUUUACGUAAAGCUUAUUAAGCCUAACUAUUGUAACUGAACUACAUUUAUAAAUGUAGGACUAUAUGUACUUUUUGUAAAAUAUAAUAAUAGUUGUCAAACAAUAUGGCAGGGAACGAGGGGAUGGAAAAUUUGAUUCCGCUGAUUAACAAACUUCAAGAUGCUUUUACACACUUAGGUGUUAAUUUGUCACUCGAUUUACCUCAGAUUGCAGUAGUGGGUGGUCAAAGCGCAGGAAAAAGCAGUGUACUUGAAAAUUUUGUUGGAAGAGAUUUUUUGCCUCGAGGCUCGGGUAUUGUGACUAGAAGGCCUCUAAUAUUACAACUAGUGAAUGCCAAUGUUGAAUAUGGGGAAUUUCUUCAUGCUCGAGGAAAGAAAUUCACAGAUUUCGAUGCUAUCAGAAAAGAAAUUGAAGAUGAAACUGACCGAAUUACUGGAAGCAACAAGGGAAUAUCUCCAGUUCCUAUUAAUCUUAGAGUGUACUCCCCACAUGUAUUAAAUUUGACCCUCAUUGACCUUCCGGGGAUGACCCGAGUGCCUGUAGGUGAUCAGCCUGUAGAUAUUGAACAACAAAUUAGAGACAUGCUUCUCAUUUAUGUUCGAAAGGAGAACUGUCUUAUACUAGCAGUAUCGGCAGCCAAUCAGGAUUUGGCAACAUCUGAUGCUCUAAAAUUGGCCAAAGAAGUUGAUCCAGAAGGUCUACGAACAAUUGGUGUCCUUACAAAGCUAGAUCUGAUGGAUGAAGGAACAGAUGCUAAAGAUAUUUUAGAGAAUAAGAUCCUCCCACUUCGUAGAGGUUAUAUUGGAGUUGUGAACAGAAGUCAAAAAGAUAUUGAAGGAAGAAAGGACAUCAAGGCAGCCUUAGAAGCUGAAAGAAGAUUUUUCUUGAGUCAUCCUUCAUACAGGCACAUGGCAGAUCGUAUGGGAACUCCUUACCUGCAGCAAGUGCUGAAUCAGCAAUUAACCAAUCAUAUUCGAGACACCCUUCCAGCACUGAGGGAUCGACUGCAGAAACAGAUGCUUUCAAUGGAGAAAGAAGUUGAAGAAUAUAAGAACUUUUCUCCAGAUGACCCAUCACGGAAAGCUAAGGCCAUGUUACAGAUAAUCCAACAGUUACAGUCACAGUUUGAACAGAAUAUAGAGGGCUCUGGCUCCACCAUCAUCAAUACCAAUGAAUUGUCUGGUGGAGCAAAAAUCAACCGCUUAUUUCAUGAACGAUUUCCUUUUGAAAUUGUUAAAAUGGAGUUUGAUGAGAAAGAACUUAGAAGAGAAAUAUCUUUUGCAAUUCGAAAUAUUCAUGGCAUUAGAGUUGGACUUUUUACUCCAGACUUGGCUUUUGAAGCUAUUGUUAAGAAACAGAUAAGGCGGCUGCGAGAACCUUCUCUGAAAUGUGUUGACUUAGUAGUGAAUGAAUUAGGGAAAAUUAUCAGAAAAUGUACAGAAAAGAUGAACCGUUAUCCAAGGCUACGAGAAGAGACAGAUAGAAUUAUUACUUCUCACGUACGUGAUAGAGAGCAGAAGACAAAAGAACUACUGGCUCUUCUAGUGGAAAUUGAGUUAUCUUAUAUCAAUACCAAUCAUGAAGAUUUCAUGGGAUUUAGCAAUGCCCAGCAGCAUGCUGAAUCCAAUGCUGGGAAAAAAAGUCUUGGGAAUCAGGUAAUUAGGAAAGGUUGGAUGUGUAUCAACAACCUCGGAAUCAUGAAGGGAGGUUCAAGAGAUUACUGGUUUGUGUUGACUUCAGAGUCACUAUCCUGGUUUAAAGACGAAGAGGAAAAAGAGAAGAAAUAUUUACUGCCUUUAGACAACUUGAAACUACGGGAUGGGGAGACUGGUUUCAUGUCAGUUCGUCGGCACAUUUUUAUUCUUUUUAAUCCAGAUCAGAGAAAUGUUUACAAGGAUUACAGACAGUUAGAGCUUUCAUGUGAGAGCCAAGAAGAGGUAGAUAGUUGGAAAGCUUCUUUCCUCCGAGCUGGAGUCUAUCCAGACCGGUCAUCAUUGAGAGAAAUGAAUGGAGAACCUGAAUCUGAGGGAACUAGCCAAUCCAUGGAUCCUCAACUGGAGAGACAGGUGGAAACAAUACGGAAUCUUGUUGAAUCUUAUAUGAAGAUUAUCACCAAAAAUGUCCGAGAUCUUGUUCCUAAGAGUAUCAUGCAUAUGCUAAUAAACAAUACCAAGGAGUUCAUCAACACUGAUUUGUUAUCAUACUUGUAUUCUAGUGGAGAUCAGACUUCUCUCAUGGAAGAAUCUGCCGAGGAAAGCAGAAAGCGUGAAGAUAUGCUACGGAUAUAUCAUGCUUGCAAAGAAGCUCUAAAUAUUAUAGGUGAUGUUUCUAUGGUAACAACUUAUCAACCGGUUCCACCACCAGUCAAGGAUGAUUGGUUAAAGCCAAGUGUUUCAGAACUACCAAGACCAGCAUCACCAGGGUUAAAACGUAACAUGGUAACAAGGGCUGCACCUCCUCCACCUGCACUGUCUCGCUCUGCCCUAAACAGGCCAGAUUCUAGCAGGCCUAGAUCAGUAGCAGCAGGGAAUUUGGGAAAUUUUCAACAACCACUUAUCCCAUCGCGUCCAGUACCAUCUGUUCCACCUCGAUUACCUGAUCGACCUCAGGUUCCAACUAGACCUAAUUAAAUGAUACAGAACUUCUCAAAGUCAUUUAUAUCUUGUCAGCAUUCCUUGAUGUAUGUCAGAAACUAAUAUAACUUGUGAUCCAUGAAUAUUUUGGUAUCAGGAAAUUAAUCAGGAUUCUUCUAAGAUUACAAUAAAGUUUCUCUCACUUCUAACGAAACCAGUGCAAUUACAGGAAGAUGUUUUUCUCUGAUGUGUGAUUAGAUAAAGUGUAUAAAACAACAUUUGAACACUGGAAAUGUUAAAGUUUAUGCUGCUUGUCACUGUGCUGUUUAUUGUACAUCUUGUUCAAUUAUGUGGAUAUAUGCCUCCCUAGCUUUUAUUUUCAUAUUUCUGUGUCAUUAUUGUGCUUUGAUAUUUUUUUGUUCAUAGAAAUUUUAUUGGAAAUAAUUAUUUAUAAUAUGACUUCUUUCAGAAAAGGGGUAAAAUGAUUUAUAUACACAUAUAUCUAUAUAUUUAAAUGAAAAUCUGUAUAUGAAGGGGCCAUGUUUUUACAGGGAAUUAGAAAGUGCGCUGUCACAAAAGUAUUUUGUUUCUAAGCUUUUUCUUUUUUGUAAGGUAAUGAUAAACUACAGAAAACUUUGGCAUGAAAUGAUUAACUUGAGCAACAUCCUGUAUAAGGUCACUUAAGAUAUUUAGUACAGCCAUUGGAUGCAGUGAUAGUAAACUAAAUAAAAAAAACUGUGCUUUAUUGUAAAAACGAGGUAACUAGAUGCUUUGUUUUUCUACAAAAGCUAUUCAUAUUGCUAUAAAAUGUGUUUCGAACUGUAUUGUUACUACAAGGUGAAAAAGAUGUGAAUGCCUGUAAUUAUUUUGCUGUAGAAAUUGCUUGAUUUGUGUGUUGCCUUUUGUAAGUCAAGGAACUAAACAAUAAAAAAAAAAGUUUGUUUUGUCAA